UCCAUCGAUCUAACCUACCUAGCUUAGGUAUCAAAAGACAACCGAAGACUCGAUCUCGAGAUGCUCAUAGGGAUCUGCGGCGCAAUCUGCGCGGGCAAGCAUUCCGUCCUGGACUACCUCGUCACCCAACACGACUUCCAAGUGCUGGCUCUGGCCUCGGACGAGCAAGACUCUUCGAUCUCUCUUCCGCGGACAAGACACAUCCAGCCGAUCACCACAUUCCCCACCAUUGACCGACUCCUCACCCAUGCAACCCGCGACUGGCGCAAGAACUUCGUCACCGUCUCCAUCCACUCCACCGAAACCGUCGACAUCCUCUCCCGCCGUCCUUGUUUCCUCCUCCUCCACGUCGACGCUCCAGUCACUCUCCGCUGGCAACGCUACUCCGCCCUCCAUACCCCUCCUCCCUCCCUAGAGUCCUUCAUUACCCUCUCCGACACACACCUCUACUCUCCUCCCCACCCUCUAGCUGCCCUCUCCAAACGUGCCUCCCUCACAAUCCUCAACUCUGCAACCUCGACAUCUACCCUUCGCGCCUCCCUCGACAAACUGAACCUACCCGACCCGACGAGGUUAAGACCAACCUGGGACCAUUACUUCAUGACCCUCGCCUCCCUUGCCGCCCGCCGCUCUAACUGCAUGCGUCGCCAAGUCGGCUGCGUGCUUGUCCGCAACUCCCGUAUCCUCGCGACGGGAUAUAAUGGUACUCCUCGUGGGGUUCGGAACUGCAGCGAAGGCGGGUGUCCGCGCUGUAAUAACGCUGCAGCGCUCGAUACUUGUCUUUGUAUCCACGCGGAGGAGAAUGCACUUCUUGAAGCUGGGCGGGAGAGGAUCGGAGAUCGAAGCGGACCACCGGGGAGUGGAGCGGUGCUGUAUUGCAAUACAUGCCCUUGCCUGACUUGCACGAUGAAAAUUGUGCAGGUGGGAAUUGCAGAGGUGGUGUUCAGCCAGAGCUAUUACAUGGAUGCAGAGGCGGCGAAGGUGUUUGAGGAGGCGGGAGUGAAGUUGAGGCAAUUUGACGGCGGGUUGGUGGGUGGAGAGGGAGUUGUGGAUGUUGGGGAGGGGUGGGGUGGGUAG